ACUCCUGUUCACCCUGUCGUAACAACUACGUAGUAAAAAAUUGAAGAAUUUUUAAGUAACCCAUUUUUUUUCAGAGAAUGAUUGCCAUAUACAUAACAAUCGUCCAUAUAGCAAUAACUUCAAAAGUGACAGCACUAAGUUUCGAAAGCUUUGUGAAAUCUUUACCGGCCGAUGUGCCGGAAGAGAUCAAAACAAUGAUGCUGGAUAUACAUCAGAAACACCCUGAAGAAUUCACCAUGCCUGAUUUACAUGACGUCACUUUAGGGGAUUUCAAAACAACGAGUCCCAUCGUUACAGUUCCAGUUGAAACUGAUCACACUACAGUAAAAUCUACUACUGUUAAGAUUAAAGAGAAAUUGAUAUUCAAACCUGUGGUGGCAGAAAGAAGAAAUUUAGGGACGACUACUGAAAAAGUAACAGAGCCAGCUGCAAAAGAGACAACAACAGCUGAAGUACCGCCACCUUGUCAUCAAAUAACUCCUGGAGUGCCUUUACCUGUACCGAUGCCAAUGAUGCCAGUGCCGAUGUCAAUCUACGCAAGAGUGCCCAUCGUGAUGCCAAUGAAAUCAUACUUCGAGCCAGUAAUACACGACCACCCACCAUUACACAAGAUAAAACACAUGAUAGAAAGAGAUGAAAAGAAAUGGCAAAAAAAGAAUAAAGGUAAAGAUUGUGAUGUGUCUGUGGAAAUAAUUUAUAGUGAUAAUUAUAGCGAUUCAGAUGAUGACACGGAAUCUGAGAGCAGUUCGGAAUCUGUUGAUGUUGGCUCUGAUUACUAUUCGGAUUUUAUUAAAAUAAAUGCAAAUAGACACCGUUAGCGAAAAUAUGUCACAGUUGUAGACAAUAUGCCAGUAUAGUGCCUUCGUACUGAGAAAUCAGCCUCUGCUUCACAUCCCUCUUUAUAGCAUGAUCAUGUCUAUUUUUUUAUAUUUUUUGUACAAUUU